AUUCCGAGGAAAACCUGAUAACCCACCCGUCCAUAGGCAGACGGUGAAAUUACCGAUAAAACCGGUCCCAGGUUUCCCUCGGUCUCGUAUUCCACACUCUGCACAAAUUCCUCUUUUAUUAUGUAUUUUCUGCAGAUGUUGACUGGACCAGAUGCUGUAACAAAAAAGCACUCACAACACACACAUCGAUCCUUCUUUCUCACUCUUAAUUUCUUCUCUCUCUAACUUCAUCACUUCCACCAUGUAUCCGUGGUGAAAUUAGAUCGAUCGGAGCGGUUUUCAGGGUUUGCCAGGAUGAAACUGAGAUCAACUAGGGUUCUGAGAGGGGUAAAACCCCAAAUCGAUUCAGACAUUAAGAAUCAAGAUUGUUCUAAUAAAAAGAGAUUGUUGUUGAGAUCUGGUAAAUCAAUUUCUAAUAACAAAAGAGCAAAUAAAGCUGAUAUUUGGGCAUGUGUUGAUAAUUCUGUUGAAAAUUGUGAAAUUGGUGUGAAAGAAAUCGUAAAUAGUGAUGAUAAAGGGUUGUUUUUGGGAUCAGAGGUGUUGGAUCCGAUCAAAGAUUCGGUUGUUUCUUGUUUUAAACAAGAAGUUGAAGAGGAACAAGGAAACAAAUUGAUGUCUGUAAAUUUGGAAUCAGAAACAUGUGCUGAUGAUUCAACGGUAAUCAAUGGUGAACGUAUGCUUAUGCGCUGUAAAAAUAAAAGGGGAAGGAAAAGAAAAAACGUGAUGGGUUUGGGUUCUGAUUGUAAUGGAGAAGGAAGAGCUAAGAAGGAGAAAGUUGAGAACGAUCGGGUUCGGGUUAUUGGCGGGAAGGUGUUGCGGUCAACGACUUUGACCGGUGCCACCACGGUGGUUGAUGGUGGAGUAAAGAGCAUGCGAAAACGUCGUGGAAGACCUCGUAAAUUUCAGGGCGAUGUUACUCCUAUACCAUUGAUUGAGGUACCAUGGAAAAAACCGAAACGUCAUGGAAGCCCGUCUAAAGUUUCACACGAGAUUCCCGUUGGACCCAUGAAGUCAAAGGGAAUAAAACCGAAACUAAACGUCAAAGAUACCACUUUAAAGAAAUUCAACCGUCGUGGAAGACCACUGAAAAUGGAGGCGGAAACUUUAGCAACACAUGUGAUGAAAAUGAGAAUGAAGAAACUCGUGUCGGUAAAAAGAGACCUCAAAGUUCGAAAAAAAGACGAUGAAAAUCAAAACAGUGAACCGUUGGUGGAAAAAGUUGAUAAUGAUAGAAAAGGGAUUAUUGUCGGGAGUUUGGAGAGACGGUUGUUGAAACAGUCGGUGAGAGAUAAAAUAUCCGAUAUGCUUUUGAAAUGCGGAUGGACAAUCGAUUUCAGACAAAGACAAGAAAAAACAUACAAAGAUUCAGUAUAUAUUGAACCUAAAGGGAAGAGAACUCACUGGUCAAUAACGCGAGCUUAUGCUAAAUUAAAAAAGAAGAUUGAAACCGGUAAUGCUGAUAAUGUUGAAAUAUCUGCAUUUACACCAAUACCCGAAGAAGAACUCAGUUUGCUUUAUAGACACCAGGAGAAAGUACGUAAGGAUAAGAACCAGAAGAGAAUCAAGGGUAAAAUCAUCACUUACAAGAAGAAAAAAGAAGGGUCCAAGAGGAAAAUGCUAUUUAAGCCACGAAUUCUAGCCCAUGAUUCUGAAAACGGGUCGAAACAAGGUAACGAGGGCGUUUUGGUAAUUAAGAAGCGGAAUCUUUUAUCAUGGAUGAUUGAUUUAGGCGUUAUUUUGGUGGGAAUGAAGGUUCGGUAUGGUAAAACUAGAAGGCAAACAAGAUCAAUUGAGGGUAUUAUUACUAGUGAUGGGAUUCGCUGCGGCUGUUGUAAUGAAAUUAUAGGUGUAUCGGCAUUUGUAGCUCACUGUGGAGGGAAAACUGGUCAAGUUUUUGAUAAUUUAUAUUUGGAAUCGGGAAAAUGUCUUAGGAAUUGUUUGAUGGAUUCAUGGAGGAAAGAAGAGGAGUCGAAUAUUAAUAGAUUUAAUGUUGUUGAUGUUCACGGUGAUGACCCGAAUGAUGACACGUGUAAUAUUUGUGGAGAUGGCGGGAACUUGAUUUGUUGUGAUGGUUGUCCUUCGACUUUUCAUCAAAGCUGCCUUGAUAUCCAGAAUUUUCCCUCGGGGGAGUGGAACUGCAUCUACUGCACGUGCAAAUUCUGUGGAGUGGUUUCCGUUAAUAACCCUCAAGUGGAAGACUCUCAUGAUGCAGUUACCUCUCAAAUACUCUCAUGCUGUUUGUGUGAGGAAAAAUUCCACCAAUCGUGCUUACAAGAAGUUGAAGCUGAAUAUACUGAUUAUAAUCGACUACCUUUUUGUGGAAGAAAAUGUCAGGAGCUCUUUGAGCGACUGCAAACGUAUCUUGGGGUGAAACAUGAGCUUGAAGACGGAUUAUCUUGGACUCUACUUCAACGUUCUGAUGUUGACCAAGGUGUUCAUGACACUCGGUUAAAGGUUGAACACAAUUCCAAAUUGGCGGUUGCACUCUCUGUUAUGGAUGAAUGUUUUGUGCCAAUUGUUGAUGAGAGAAGUGGGACCAGCAUAAUCCAUGAUGUUGUUUACAAUUGUGGCUCAAACUUCAGGCGACUGAAUUAUGCUGGCUUCUUAACCGCGGUUUUGGAGAAGGGUGAUGAAUUUAUCUCUGCAGCAUCCAUACGGAUACAUGGGUAUCAGUUAGCAGAAAUGCCUUUUAUUGGAACUCGACACAUGUAUAGACGUCAAGGAAUGUGUCGUAGGCUUCUGGAUGCCAUCGAAUGCACUCUUUCUUCUCUUGGUGUGGAAGAAUUAAUAAUUCCCGCCAUCCCUGCACUUAUGCAAACAUGGACCGCUGCAUUCGGUUUCACACCCCUUGAAGAAUCAAAAAAGCAAGCAAUGAAACGCAUGUGCAUGCUUGUGUUUCCCGGUAUCGUUAUGCUUAAAAAACCGCUUCUACAAUUUCAGUAUCGUGAUGCGGAUCAUAGUCCAUUUGCAGCAGGGGUAGAGAAAGAUGUUAUUGAUCGUGAGCCAAAAGACGAAAAUAACCCCCAACUUGAAGCCACUUCAUCGAACGCAAUUGAUUACGACCAAACACCUAUUCGUACAGCUGGCAUUAGUUAUGAACAAACAGAAGAAGCUACUGUCGGGAAAAAUGUUAUUGAUGAUAAAAUAACUGCUUCCAAUGGUGUCAACGGCUUAUGUGACCUAAAUUUACCAGUAAAGAAUGAUUUUCCGUGCGAUACAGACGGUCAAACUUCUGUUGACUCGGAGUUGUUUCAUGAUUGCACGGCUGACCCGUGUUCUACGGAUUCUGUGGUUUGUGGGAAUCAUCAAUCACCAGAGUUGACGUUAGAUGUUGAGAAUGACGGUGUUCCUGGGGUCAAAGUCAAACCGUCUCAUUUGACUUCUAUAUUGGCUUUAAAAAACACAUUUGACUUGAAUCUGCACCCUACUGCAGUUGAGACCGAUGUGCAUAUCGUUAGUGAUGAUUCUACUGAUUCCAAAACCUGUGAAAGUCAACCUUUCGGCAUACUGUGACUCCAUUUUGUCAACCAAAGGUAGGUGUCUGCCAGUUGGAUCGACUUCAGUACGUGAUGAAACAAUAUAAACGGUUGCAUGUUAAUAAUAACAAUAAUCAACCAAUUCGUUUUGGACGCUUCAUACGGGCGGCUUUUUAUAUAUAUAUUAUGUUUGUAAAUUAAUUUUCAUAUAUAGAGUUAAUACGAUCUUUGAGCUUAAUUAACAUGUGACAAGCACACAAUGGUUUCGAGAAUCACGGCAUAUUUUGGACUCCAAGAUGAUGUUAAUGCUUAAGGGUGAUUUUUAUAGAUUUUAGUCGGGAGCAACUCAUGCUAUUGAUCAUGUUGCUGAUAGUCGAGUCCUUAGGUUUACUUGUGUUUGGGCAUCACACAAAGGUCGUAGAGGUCGUCGUCUUUUAAACAUUAUGAUAUGUAGUUAGUUGUCUUGAUGAUGUUCUUGUGGGUGUGAUGCACAUAUGCUCAUGUUGUACAGCCAAAUUGGCAUACUGGUAAUGUAAUUUAUUUUUUAAUAUAGCAUGAUGUCUUCUAUUUUA